AUGUAUUCUGUGUAUACCAACAUCGACAGUAUAGCUGCACUAACACUCUUCAUGCAGUUAGAGAACUUGCUCGGGUUCGAUCCUAUCCAAAGACGGUUUAAGGAAGAUGCGCUGUGUAUGACUGCGAGUAAUUCCGAGAUAGAACGUCAAGUAGAAGCAUCGGAGGGCAUCCCAGUUGCGUCAACAAAGCGUUUCAUUGAGGAUGAGGAUAUUCCCUUGUUGGCUAUAGACGGUAUUGUUGGAGGAGAUAUGAAGUUACGUCCUAAGCCGAGUAGAGAUGGUGUGGAGUUCUUAUUGGAGAAAUGGCAGUGUAGAGAUCCUCGACAAGCUAUGAUAGUUGGGGAUCAUCCUAUGGAUAUGGAAGUUGGUAAAGGAUUAGGUUGGCGUGUUGGUGUAUAUGGUACUGGCCUCAGCACAGCAGAGUCGUUGGUGGCUGCUGGGGCUACUGAUGUUAUUAUAGAUGUUUCAAAGUUGAUCGAUUGUGUGAUAAAACGAGGCAGUGACUAA